GCUCGCUCGGCUCCCCCCUCCCACCUCGAAGGCGCUCUGACGGUCGGAGCUCCACAAAAUGGCGAAGAUCGCCAAGACCCACGAAGAUAUCGAAGCACAGAUUCGAGAAAUUCAAGGCAAAAAAGUCGCCCUUGAUGAAGCUCAAGGAGUCGGCCUUGACUCGACAGGAUACUAUGAUCAAGAGAUCUACGGCGGAAGCGAUAGCCGGUUUGCUGGAUACGUAACUUCGAUUGCUGCAACUGAAUUAGAGGAUGAUGACGAUGACUACUCCUCGACAAGCUUGCUCGGCCAGAAGAAGCCAGGGUACCAUGCCCCAGUGGCAUUGCUUAAUGAUAUACCACAGUCAACGGAACAGUAUGAUCCAUUUGCUGAACACCGCCCACAGAAGAUUGCCGAUCGGGAAGAUGAGUACAAAAACCGCAGGCGGAUGAUGAUAAUUUCCCCCGAGCGUCUUGAUCCCUUUGCAGAUGGCGGGAAGACACCUGAUCCUAAAAUGAAUGCCAGAACAUAUAUGGAUGUAAUGCGUGAACAACAUUUAACAAAAGAGGAGAGGGAGAUAAGGCAGCAGCUAGCAGAGAAGGCCAAGGCGGGGGAACUGAAAGUCGUCAAUGGUGCCGCAUCCCAGCCUCCAUCCAAACGUAAGCGGCGUUGGGAUCAGACUGCUGACCAGACUCCUGGGACCACACCGAAGAAAUUGUCAAGCUGGGAUCAAGCUGAGACCCCCGGGCAUACCCCAUCACUGCGAUGGGACGAAACGCCUGGCCGUGCAAAGGGCAGUGAGACACCCGGGGCAACCCCUGGAUCGAAAAUAUGGGAUCCGACUCCCAGUCAUACUCCAGCCGGAGCAGCAACCCCUGGGCGUGACACACCUGGUCACGCGACCCCUGGCCACGGGGGUGCAACUUCCAGCGCACGGAAGAAUCGAUGGGACGAGACUCCAAAAACAGAGAGAGGUCACAUCAUGAGCAUGACUCCUGAACAGCUCCAGGCGUGGCGAUGGGAGAGAGAAAUAGAUGAGAGAAACAGACCCCUCUCUGACGAAGAGCUGGAGUUACCAGAAGGCUAUCGAGUUCUCCCUCCUCCGGCUGGUUACGUCCCUAUUCGUACCCCGGCUCGUAAACUUACAGCCACACCCACACCCCUGGGGGGAAUGACGGGUUUCCACAUGCAGACCGAAGACAGGACCAUGAAGAGUGUCAACGACCAGCCCUCCGGGAAUCUGCCUUUCCUGAAGCCAGACGACAUCCAGUACUUCGACAAACUGCUGGUCGAUGUCGACGAAUCAACGCUGAGUCCGGAAGAGCAGAAAGAGAGAAAAAUCAUGAAACUGCUUUUGAAGAUUAAGAACGGCACCCCGCCGAUGAGGAAGGCUGCUCUGCGGCAGAUUACCGAUAAAGCGCGUGAAUUUGGAGCAGGACCCCUCUUUAAUCAGAUUUUGCCCCUGCUGAUGUCACCGACACUUGAAGAUCAAGAACGCCAUUUGCUUGUCAAAGUUAUUGAUAGGAUCUUGUACAAACUGGAUGACUUGGUCCGACCCUACGUGCAUAAGAUUCUUGUGGUCAUUGAGCCCCUGCUGAUUGAUGAAGACUACUACGCCAGAGUAGAAGGCAGAGAGAUCAUUUCUAACUUGGCUAAGGCGGCCGGUCUGGCGACGAUGAUCUCCACCAUGCGACCCGAUAUCGACAACAUGGAUGAAUACGUGCGUAACACGACAGCUCGCGCCUUUGCGGUUGUGGCCUCCGCUCUGGGCAUUCCUUCUCUGCUGCCCUUCUUGAAAGCGGUGUGCAAGAGCAAGAAGUCCUGGCAGGCCAGGCACACCGGCAUCAAGAUUGUCCAGCAGAUCGCCAUCCUGAUGGGCUGCGCCAUCUUGCCUCACCUCCGGAGUCUGGUGGAGAUCAUUGAGCACGGCUUGGUGGACGAGCAGCAGAAAGUUCGCACCAUCAGUGCUUUGGCUAUUGCCGCUUUGGCCGAGGCAGCCACUCCGUACGGCAUAGAAUCGUUUGACUCUGUCCUGAAGCCCCUGUGGAAGGGUAUUCGUCAACACAGGGGGAAGGGCCUGGCUGCCUUUUUGAAAGCCAUUGGCUAUCUGAUUCCAUUGAUGGAUGCCGAGUAUGCCAAUUACUAUACCAGAGAAGUCAUGUUGAUCCUUAUCAGAGAGUUCCAGUCUCCUGAUGAAGAAAUGAAAAAGAUCGUGUUGAAGGUGGUGAAACAGUGUUGUGGCACAGACGGUGUGGAAGCCAACUACAUUAAAACCGAGAUCCUUCCUCCCUUUUUCAAGCACUUCUGGCAGCACAGGAUGGCCCUGGACAGAAGAAAUUACAGACAAUUGGUCGACACAACCGUAGAGCUGGCCAACAAAGUUGGGGCCGCAGAAAUCAUUUCCAGGAUUGUGGACGACCUGAAAGAUGAGGCCGAGCAGUACAGGAAGAUGGUCAUGGAGACCAUUGAGAAGAUCAUGGGGAAUCUGGGCGCAGCCGACAUCGACCAUAAGCUGGAGGAGCAGCUUAUUGAUGGCAUUCUGUACGCCUUCCAGGAGCAGACCACAGAGGACUCUGUGAUGUUGAACGGCUUCGGCACAGUGGUGAAUGCUCUCGGCAAGCGAGUCAAGCCGUACCUGCCCCAGAUCUGCGGUACGGUUUUGUGGCGUCUAAACAACAAAUCGGCCAAAGUGAGACAGCAGGCUGCUGAUCUGAUCUCUCGCACUGCAGUGGUCAUGAAGACGUGUCAAGAAGAAAAAUUGAUGGGGCACUUGGGUGUGGUGUUGUAUGAAUACCUGGGCGAAGAGUAUCCGGAAGUAUUGGGCAGUAUCCUUGGAGCACUUAAAGCCAUUGUGAACGUCAUUGGAAUGCACAAGAUGACACCUCCAAUCAAAGACUUGCUGCCGAGGCUCACGCCUAUCUUGAAGAACAGACACGAGAAAGUGCAGGAGAAUUGUAUCGAUUUGGUCGGCCGCAUAGCGGACAGGGGCGCAGAAUAUGUCUCCGCCAGGGAGUGGAUGAGGAUCUGCUUCGAACUGCUCGAGUUACUAAAAGCACACAAGAAGGCGAUCCGAAGAGCGACCGUGAAUACGUUUGGCUACAUUGCAAAAGCUAUCGGACCCCACGAUGUGCUGGCGACACUGCUGAAUAAUUUGAAAGUUCAAGAGAGGCAGAACCGGGUGUGCACAACGGUCGCCAUCGCCAUUGUGGCCGAAACCUGCUCUCCCUUCACCGUCCUGCCCGCCCUCAUGAACGAAUAUCGAGUCCCCGAGCUGAAUGUUCAGAACGGCGUUCUGAAAUCUCUUUCCUUCCUCUUUGAGUAUAUCGGGGAAAUGGGGAAGGACUACAUCUACGCCGUCACCCCCUUGCUCGAAGACGCUUUAAUGGACAGGGACCUCGUUCACAGGCAGACGGCCAGCGCAGUGGUACAGCACAUGUCCCUUGGGGUGUACGGCUUCGGCUGCGAAGACUCGCUGAAUCACUUGUUAAAUUACGUGUGGCCCAACGUGUUUGAGACGUCGCCUCACGUCAUUCAGGCGGUCAUGGGGGCCUUGGAGGGCCUGAGGGUUGCGAUUGGGCCUUGCCGGAUGUUGCAGUAUUGUUUACAGGGCCUGUUUCAUCCUGCCAGAAAAGUCAGAGACGUGUACUGGAAGAUCUAUAACUCCAUCUACAUUGGCUCACAGGACGCUCUGAUCGCCCACUAUCCGCGCAUCUACAACGACGAGAAGAACACCUACAUCCGCUACGAACUCGACUAUGUCUUGUAACUUUAUUCCUCGUUUGUUUUUUUUGUGUGUGUUCAGUGCACAGCUGUUCCACACGUGGUUCAGAGCUGGUGAUGUACAAUUUUUAAGACACUGCAGAUCAGCGUAGAGCGGAUCGGAAGCAGAGCUUAGAAACCCUGUAGCAUGAUUUUUCAACAACAUGUCCUUGUUUAUUUUGAUGUUUAAAACGCCAGUAGUGACCAAGAACACAGUGAUUACAUGGAGUACCCGGGAGGCUUUGGGAUUCAUCUUGAUAAGGAGUUAGAUUCCAUUCCUUGUGUUUAAAGGGGCUGUUUAUUUGAGAAAUAAACAUUUGUGCAUAAAAUAUCAAUGGUUAUGUGUUUGUGAGCAUUUUCAGAGAGAGGCGUCUCCACAAGUCUCGGAUAGAUGGUCGCGCAGCAGUUUAUGUAUAAAAGGUGGCAUAUUACAUUUUAACCCUCUUUGUCAUACCCUAGCUUUUGAAUAAAUAAAAGAAAUGU